AUGCUUUGGGGUGUAGUAUUUGACCUAGCUGCUGCAGCAGCAACAGCAAGUACUGCUGCAGCAGCAACAGCAAGUACUGCAGCAGCAACAGCAAGUUCUACUGCAGCAGCAACAGCAAGUUCUACAGCAGCAAGUACUGCUGCAGCAGCAGCAGCAAGUACUGCUGCAGCAGCAACAGCAAGUACUGCUGCAGCAGCAACAGCAAGUUUUACUGCAGCGGCAACAGCAAGUUCUACUGCAGCAGCAACAGCAAGUACUGCUGCAGUAGCAGCAGCAGCAGCAACAGCAAGUACUGCUGCAGUAGCAGCAGCAAGUACUGCUGCAGUAGCAGCAGCAAGUACUGCUUUAGCAGCAACAGCAAGUACUGCUGCAGCGGAAACAGCAAGUACUGCAGCAGCAACAGCAAGUGCUGCUGCAGCAGCAACAGCAGCAGGUGUUGCGGGCACUGCUUCAGCAAGCACAGCGGCUGCCCCAGCAGCAGCAGCAAAUACUGCUGCAGCAGCAGCACCAAAUGCCACCGCAGCAGCAACAGCAGCAAAAGUUGCAGCAGCAGCAGCAGCAAGUGCUGCCAAAGCAGCGGCAGCAGCAAAUACUGCUGCGGCUGCAGCAAAUGCUGCUGCAGCAGCAGCGAUACUAGCAAAUACUGCAGCAAUACCAGCAAAUACUGCAGCAGCAGCAGCAAGUAGCGCUGCAGCAGCAGCAGCAGCAAAUAGUGCAGCAGCAGCAGCAGCAGCAGCAAAUAGUGCUGCAGCAGCAACAGAAGCGUCGGCGACGGCCACCGCGGCAGCAGAAGCGCUUCAAACCCUCGAGUGUUUUGUGAAGAUUGAGAAGUAA